AUGACAAAAGAAGUGGAAGCAAAAGGAAACAAUAAUAUUGGUAUGUACUCAAACACAGAUUUAUAUCGUAAUUCUCAAACUAACUUUAUCUCAUCAACAGAUCAAUUUCAAAAUAUUUUAUCUGAUUUAUUCACAAUAUAUGAAAAUACCAAUUCAACAAUAAUAAAUGCAGAAUUAUUACCUUUUGAAUUUUAUGAAGAGGAUCCUACACAAAUUGUUUUUUCAAUAUCUCAAUAUCAAAAAUCAGGUGUUAAAACAACUAGUAUAAAACAAAAUUAUCAAUCUGGUCAAUAUGAUAAGUCUCCAUAUAAAUUAUAUCAUGACAUAACUGCAUUAUGUUCCAUAUACAUAUCCAAAUUCAAAAUUGGAACUCCAGAAUAUAAAGAAGUUGAUUUCUAUUAUAAAUUUCUGACUGAAUUAUUAUUAAGAGAAUUAGGAAAUAGAUUAAUAUUCAAUAACAGAAAAUUUAAAACCAGGGGUAUUAAAAAUGAUCUUGAACAACAAUUAGAAGAUGAUUUCAGUAAAAUAAUAACUACUUAUAAUGUAACAAAUGGUGAAAUAAUCUUAUAUAUUUCUAAGACUGAAGAAGUUGAACCACAACCAAACGUAGGAUAUUAUCAACAACAAAAUCAAUCUCCAGUAUAUAAAACUAGAAUCCAGCCUUUAUUUUCUUCAAUUAUUGAUAAAUCUCCAUUAGACAAUAACCAAACUAUAGUUAAAGAACCAUAUCAAAUUUCAAAAAUAAUACCAAUGAUUAAAGAUUCAAAAUUAAAUCAUACUUUUGAAAUGUUGUCAACUGUAAAUCCUAAAAUACCAUUACCAUUAGAUGCAAAUUCAAGUAUUUUACAUGAUUUUUUUCAUCCUACUUGGUAUACUAUAGUUAUGCCACAAUGGUUAAAUUAUAAAUCAAUAAAUAUAAAGCCAGCAAAUUCAUUACCUGAUCCAAGAAAACGAAAUGAAAAUGUUCCAAAAUUGGCUUUCUUUCAUCAAAAAAAUGAAUUAAGUACGGUUCCAACUGAUUCAUGGGGUCCAGGUAAUAAUUUUAGAUCAUUUGCUCCAAAUGUAGAUUCAAAGGGUGUAUUUAUUGGUAAAAAAUUACAUUCAGAUAUAUGGUUACAACAUAUAGGUAUUGAAGAAAUUGAAAAGUCGAAAAAAUUAUACAAUGGUGAAGAAAUUGAAGAAGAAAAAGAAGAAGAAGAAGAAGAAGAGGAAGAAGAAGAAGAAGAAGAAAAAAGUGAAUCUGAACUAAUAGAAGAAAAAUCAUUGGAAGAAGUUUCAAGUAUAUCAGAUGAUGGUCUUGAAUUAAAUGGAAUAAUUAAUAUUGCUAAUUUAAUUGAAUGGGAUCCUAUAAAAAUUGAACAAUUAUCAUUUUUAAAACAAUCAAAACAAGAUAUAUUAAAUCCAAAAAGAUUACAAAAAUUAAUAUCUGUAUUAUUACUUAAAUUGAAUAAAUUAAGACAGGUAAGAUAUUCAAAAAGUGAUAUAAGAAAUCCAAUGGCUCCAAACAUUGAAGAAGUCAAAAUUUACAAUAAGAUACAAAGAUUAAUUUACUUAGCUAUUGAAAUUUAUAAAAUUAAACCACAUCAAUUUUCAUAUGAAUUUAGUAAGAAGAUACCAGUUUUAGUUACUGAAUUUAAUGGAUCAUUACCAGGUGCAGCAAUGAGUAGAUUUCCAGCAACAACAACAAUCACAAAUUCAAGUUUUGUAAAAGCUAAUAGAUUACCAAAUUUGAAAACUACACCUAGUUAUAAUUUAAAAGUACGAAAAUCAAAUAGAUUAAACCAAUAA